AAUGAUUAGUCUUCUUCCUCAUAGCCGUCUCCUCCACAUACGAUGCAACUCAAAAUCUCUCCAUCCGAAACGUUUCCUUCUCCACUCCUUUUUUAGAAACGUUUCGUUUCUUUUUCCGUUUCUUGAUUCACAAAAAUGGAAGAAAUGAAUAAAACACACAAAACGAUGCACACAAUCAGCAGCAGCAGCAGUGGAACAUACAGCAACGGACUCUCCGACGUCGUAUUAGACUACGUGAUGCCGUACAUACACGACCCCAAAGAUCGCGACGCCGUUUCUUUAGUCUGUCGCCGGUGGUACGAACUAGACGCGGUGACACGUAAGCAUAUAACGAUCGCUUUAUGUUACACGACGAGUCCAGAUCGGUUACGGCGCCGUUUUAAUCACCUGGAAUCUUUGACGUUAAAAGGGAAGCCGAGAGCGGCGAUGUUCAAUUUAAUACCGGAAGAUUGGGGCGGUUUGUUUACGCCGUGGAUUAAUGAGAUUGCUAACUCGUCGUUUAAUUGCUUGAAAUCGCUUCAUCUUAGACGGAUGAUUGUUAAAGAUUCGGAUCUGAGUGUGUUGGCGAAUUCUAGGGGCAGGUUUUUACAGGUGUUGAAGCUUGAUAAGUGCUCUGGGUUUUCUACUGAUGGGCUUUUACACGUGGCGCGAUCUUGCAGGCAAUUAAGAACGUUCUUUUUGGAAGAGAGUUCGAUUGAGGAGAAAGACGGUGACUGGUUACAUGAGAUUGCCAUGAAUAAUACAGUUCUUGAGGUUCUAAAUUUUUACAUGACAGAUCUCAACCAAAUCAGAUUCCAAGACCUUGAGCUUAUAGCAAAAAACUGUCGCAAUUUAGUCUCUAUCAAAAUUAGCGAUUGUGAAAUAUUAGAUCUUGUCGGAUUCUUUCAUGCUGCUGCUGGUUUGGAAGAGUUUUGUGGGGGUUCCUUUAAUGAUAUGCCAGAAAAGUAUUCUGUUGUGAAAUUUCCACAAAAGCUAUGCCGUCUAGGUCUAACCUAUAUGGGAAAAAAAGAAAUGCCAAUCGUGUUCCCUUUUGCAUCCUUGCUUAAAAAGUUGGAUCUUCUAUACGCAUUGCUCGAUACAGAGGAUCAUUGUUUACUAAUUCAAAAGUGCUGCAACUUAGAAGUUCUUGAGACAAGAAAUGUUAUUGGAGAUAGAGGGUUGGAAGUACUUGCUUCAAGUUGCAAGCGACUAAAGAGGCUUAGAAUUGAGCGUGGUGCUGAUGAACAGGAGAUGGAGGACGAAGAAGGUAUGGUUUCACAGAGAGGAUUAAUCGCAAUAGCUCAGGGCUGUCUAGAACUGGAAUACAUGGCUGUUUAUGUUUCUGAUAUCACAAAUGCCGCUCUAGAACAAAUCGGCACUCACUUAAAGAACCUGAAUAAUUUUCGCCUGGUUUUGCUCGACAGAGAAGAGAGAAUAACAGAUUUGCCUCUUGACAAUGGAGUUCGGUCUCUAUUGAUGCAGUGUGAGAAGCUUCGUAGGUUUGCUCUGUAUCUCCGGCCUGGGGGUUUAACGGAUGUGGGUCUUGGAUACGUUGGGAAGUACAGUAUAAAUGUGAGAUGGAUGCUUUUAGGUUACGUUGGCGAAUCCGACAAUGGGCUUUUGGCAUUUUCGAGAGGAUGCCCUAGUCUUCAGAAGCUAGAAAUGAGGGGUUGUUGCUUCACCGAGGGGGCAAUUGCUAGAGCUGUGAUGCAAUUGAGUUCUUUAAGGUAUGUGUGGGUUCAAGGCUACAGAGCAUCAUCAGUUCCAGGUCGGGAUCUCUUAGCAAUGGCUCGCCCGUUUUGGAACAUCGAGUUGAUUCCGCCGAGAAGAGUUGCGGUGGUUAAUCAAGUCGGUGAGGAUGUUUUGGCUGAGCAGCCAGCUCAUAUACUUGCUUAUUACUCCCUUGCUGGACCAAGAACAGAUUUUCCUGACACUGUUGUUCCGUUGGAUCCGAAAAGGCUACUCGCCCAAUAGAGCUGUACAUGAUGUCGCUGUCCGUUUGUUUUCCGUUGAGACUUGUUUGUAAAUUUACCCGUCUCCUUUGUUUUUUCCACUUCGGUAUGAGAGUUUCAGUUUCGAUUCUAAUUUUGUAUUUGUAUUGUUUAGCACUGGACAUUGGUCCUGUAAUAAGCUUUGCAUUUUUACUGUGAUUUGAAAUCAGUUGUACUGUUGGUGAGCCAGUUUCUUGUUCUCUAGGAUUUCAUUUAAAGAGUUCAAUUAAACUUUGUACUUCAUUUGCCAAUUCAAUGUUUCUGGGGAAUUUUCAAGAGUA